ACAAUAAAAAUGUUUUUUUUUUUUUCACUUAUUCAAUAUUUAAAUCACAUAUUUUCUAUUUGCUCACUUAUUUUACAUCAUUUAAAGUUAUGGAUCCAAAUAAUGUAAUUCUUGUUAUUCUUAUUUUAAGAGUUUGUAGUUUUAUUUAGGCACGUAGUAAUUAUUUUGAUUAUUACAAUUACAAUUACAAUUACUAAUUUAGAAUAUUAUAGAUAUUUUAUACUAUAUUUUUAACUAUUUAAAUAUAAUAAAAAUUUAUCAUAGUAUUGAUAAAGUAUAAAAAUUUACCAUUCUAAAUUUAUGUCUCGAAAAUGAAAGUCAAAAUCUUAGAAGAUUCAGAAAGAAGUCAUCCAACCUACUUCGUAGAAACCCCGGGGACCGACCCUUGAGCUUAUACCUUGUCAAUUUCUCAAUCACUCUUUCCCAGAAACGCUUCCUCUUCUUCGUCUCCGUUUCUUCCUCCCCUAAGAAAUCCAAAUCGGAGCUCAAUUUAGGGAGAUUUGUUGCUGGUAGCAGCAGAGAUGGGGUCUCAGGCGAAGAUGGACAAGAUGCAGCAGCGCCAGAAUUACCGCAACCUCUGGCACACCGAUCUUAUGCGCACCAUCCAAAACGAUCCUCCAUAUUGUUGCUUGUCGUUUUGGUGUGGACCCUGCGUGUCGUAUAUGCUCCGCAAAAGAGCACUCUACAAUGACAUGUCCCGGUAUGUGUGUUGUGCUGGAUAUAUGCCUUGCAGUGGUCGAUGUGGUGAAAGCCGUUGCCCACAAUUUUGCCUUGCAACUGAGGUUGUCCUGUGCUUUGGAAAUUCAGUUGCCUCUACUCGGUUUUUAUUGCAAGAUGAAUUCAACAUACAGACUACACAGUGUGAUAAUUGCAUUAUUGGUUUCAUGUUCUGCCUUCAACAAGUUGCUUGCAUUUUCUCCAUCGUUGCUAUGAUCGUUGGAAGUGAAGAGAUCUCAGAGGCUUCUCAGAUUCUGUCUUGCUUGUCUGAUAUGGUGUAUUGCACGGUUUGUGCUUGUAUGCAGACACAACACAAGAUUGAAAUGGACAAGCGCGAUGGCAAGUUUGGCCCACAACCAAUGGCAGUUCCACCCGUCCAGCAAAUGUCACGCCUUGAUCAGCCGUAUCCCUCUGCUGUUGGAUACCCUCCACCCGCUUAUGGGCAGCCAAACUAUCCUCCUCCACAGGCUGCUGGUUAUCCACCACCCAGUGGCUAUCCUCCUGCCGGAUACCCCCCUGCCGGAUAUCCCCCUGCAGGCUAUCAGAGGUGAUCUCGUGUUCUUCACCGUGUCUAAGUGGAAAUUGCUUUUCUGUAUUGUUGUUGGCUCGCUGGUUGGAGACGGAGUUCUUCGAGUACAUGAUGAGGGGGUUAAUAGGUAUUCAAAUCGGUUUAUAAAACAGUGUCUGCUGCACAUUUUAGAAUUGGUUGGUACAAAUGUAUGGGAGUCUUUGUUUAGUGCUGCAUCUUUGUUUUUGUUUGGGUUUGUAUCUAUAAUUUCUGGGACAACGUAUCUGUGUCAUAUAUCGUUUACGGUGUAAGACCUAAUUUUUUAAAGCCUUGCCAUGGCUUGAAAUCA